AUGCUGCCCGCAACUUUCAAACUGUGUGCCGGCAUCUCCUACAAGCACAUGAGGAACAUGACCGGCCUGAGGAGGAACGCUGUGAUGGCCAUCCACCACGAGCUGAGUAAGCUAUCUGGCCCCGGCCCCAGCAUGUGGGUCCGACACAUCCGCCGCAGGAGCUCACUGCUCGGCAGCAGGAUUGCGGAGGAGGCUCUGAGUGAAUCCGAGCAGUGUUAUGUCCAGCAGGGUCAGCUGGCCCUACAGAAGUCCGUCAGCAUCCUGAGUGACCAGGACGGCUGGCAGACUGAGAUAGAGACAUCCACAGGGGAUAAAGUGCUGAGUAAGGUUCUGCCAGACGUUGGGAAGGUGUUUAAGCUGGAGGUCACUCUGGACCAGCAGCCUAAAGACCUGUAUGAAGAGCUGGUGGACAGAAUGGAGCAGAUGGGGGAGUGGAACCCCAACGUCAAACAAGUGAAGAUUCUACAGAAGAUCGGUCAGGACACCAUGGUCACUCACGAGACAGCGGCGGAGACUCCAGGGAACGUGGUGGGUCCGCGGGACUUUGUGAAUGUCCGCUGCGUCAAACGAAGAGGCUCCGCCUGGUUCCUGGCCGGGAUGUCCACCCUGCACCCCAACAUGCCUGAACAGAAGGGGUUUGUGAGGGCGGAGAACGGCCCCACCUGUAUCGUGUUGAAGCCGAGCACAAACGACCCGAACAAGACAAAAUUCACCUGGUUACUCAGUUUAGACCUGAAGGGUUGGAUACCAAAGGCAGUGAUAAACAGAGUUCUCUCUCAGACGCAGGUGGAUUUCGCCAAUCAUCUCCGGCACAGAAUGGCCUCCAGCAGUGGCAUGGAGACGGCAAUGGCCUAUUGACACCAAACACUAAUGUCCAGAGUUUCCCAUUCACCCCACAGCCAAUGGUUGACUCCUAUCAGACGUCCAAACUCCGCCCACUCAUAGCAGUCAUUUCCUUUUUUAUGGGCAACCAAAAGCAGUGUAGUUAAAUGAUGUGGUCUCUAUGCUGGUCUAGUUAUCAGGGCUGCACAAUGUAGACAAAUACCACACUGGGAUAUAUUGUUAUGAUAA